AUAAUUUAUAAAUUUAUUAAAAAUGGUCAACGCUAUUGCUGUUCUUAAGGGUGCCAAUGUUUCUGGUGUAGUCAAGUUCUCUCAAACCUCUGAGGAAGCACCUGUUGUUGUUGAAGCUUCUUUCACUGGUUUGACUCCCGGUAAGCACGGUUUCCACAUCCACGAGUUUGGAGAUAACACCAAUGGUUGUAUUUCCGCUGGUCCUCAUUAUAACCCUCACGGUAAGACCCACGGUGCUCCCGAAGCUGCUGUUCGUCAUGCUGGUGAUUUGGGUAACCUUACUGCCAAUGCCUCUGGUGAAGCUACCUUGAAGGUUGAGGAUUCUCAAUUAAAGUUGAUUGGUCCCUUGUCUAUCAUUGGUCGUACUGUCAUUGUCCAUGCCGAUGAAGAUGAUCUUGGACUCGGUGGUGUUGAGUUGUCUCUCACCACUGGUAAUGCUGGUGACCGUUUGGCCUGUGGUGUCAUUGGUGUUACUAAAUAAAUAAUACCCUUUUCUCACAAAACACACACGAAAAUAUUUUGUUUUUCUGAAAUAAAUGCACAU